AUGCCGGCGAGAUUUGUAAUUUUGACGGAGCAUCAGCCCAUACUCUCUGAGAAGCUGCGGUCUUAUGACAUGGCAGAUGCCAAGGGAUGCAAGACUCUGGUUCAGAGCUUGCACCAGAAGCUGAAGACACAGUUUGUCGACGCGUCAAAUUAUGACGACAUCAUUGUGGAAACUAAAAUCCGAGAGUGGCUCAAUAACCACGCCCGCCAUGCGCAGGAGAAAGUGACGAAAAAGCAUAUGCAUGUUUCUGGCAAGCCCAAUGCCUUCAAGGUGUGGGAUGCGCUGGAGAGGGACAAGGUGACUGAGGCCACGCGAGCACUCGCGGCAGAUAAGGGUUGCAAUGUCUCCAAGGUGUGGAGAGUCGCACGGAGUGCCGAAUGGGCAAAACUGUCCGAGGAGGAGCAGAAGGUGUAUGAGGAAAAGGCGGAAAGUUGGCGCAAUGGCACUCUGAAUGAUAAGACGAAAAUGAAGCUGAGGGAGCAGCGAAUGAUGCAAUAUCUGAAGAAGUUUGCCAAGACUAUGUGGGACACCAUGGGCAUUCGCAUGGCAUUCAUGCUAGCAUAUCCGAAGGAAGCGGGGAGUCUGAAGGUAGAGAUGGUGGAGGUCAACCACGCCAUCACCAAUGGAACUCCAUUCGGGGCCUAUCCUGGGUGGCUGCGUGCUUACCAGCCUCUAGCAAAGGUGUUCUCUGAGUGGGCCAAAGGUGAAUACGGUGUGACUGAGACUACGGUGACGGUGAAGAAGACACCUGCCGAUUGCAUGCGGGCCAUGGACAAGAUUCGGUUGACGGCCAACGGUUUUCCUCUGCUCCCGUCGGUGCCCGAAGGUAUGGCGGAAGCGCCUCUCAAGGUGAUGAAGGUACAAGUUCGAGACUUCAUGAAUCAUCACUACGCAUUGGCGAAGGGUGUUCGGAACUGCAAGUCGCCAUGGACGAAGCUGAACAGCAUAGACGACAUCAAUGAGGUUAUUCCAGCGGAGAUGCUACCUGAGAACUUCCAGUGGAUCGAUCCCUCAAAGAUGACAAGUGUUCCCUACUUCGACAAGGAUGGCGAAGCUGCUCCCGCCAAGUAUGAUCCUCUUCCACCACUUGACGGAUCAGCACAGGCAUUAGAAGAAGGAUCUGAACAUGAGGUCCAAGAAGCACUCACACCUAAGAAGGCGGGGAAGGCGAAGAAGAAGGGUAAACCUGUGCGCAAGGUCAUGGGAAAGGCAGCAUCGAAGGCGACAAAGGGCAAAGCGGCCCCUGGCAGAGCCAAAGGCGGUGGGCGUAAACGCAAGACGAAAGAUGCAUACGACUCGGAAGACGAUGCCAGAAGCAGCCAAGACUCUGAUAGGAGUUCGCCAGAUAUACCCAGCAUGGCUUCUGAAGAAGAUAUGGCCAGCGAUGAAGAUUCAGGGGAUGGCGAGAGCGUGAUUGCGAAUAAAGCGAAGGGCAAGGCAGUCGCCACCACCAGUGGAUGUAAGGCUAACAAUGGCGGUGCACCUCAAGCCAGCAGUAGCGGUGCCAAGGUGAAGGAGAAGCGAGAUCGCCAAGACCUUCCUCUGGGCGCACUGCACAGAUUUGACACGGAGGAGACUGAUGAAGCAUCGAGUGAACUGGAGCCCAGUACAAAGGAGCUGAGGCUUGAGCUUCAAGGCCGAGCCCCACAUCUCACUGGCGGGAGUACUGUGGGGAGUACUGUGCCCCACCUCGUCAAAAGGAGAGACGUGUUUCUUGCCACCCUUUCCAUCAAACUGCAAUACCAGGAUAUGCUGAAGCAAGUCAAGAUUGCGACUGUGCCCCAGGUGUAUCAUUUCACCAGGUAUGAUCCGAUUCCCUGGAGCGAAUGGUCGUAUGGCCAGCGCUACCUCCCGCUGUCAUUUCAUGCGGUGGACAACUUUGACAUCGUCGAGAACUGGUUGGGCGACAAACCAUGGCUCACAAAAUAUCGGUUCUUACAUCCACAGGGCGUACAACAAUCUGCACUCGUGAUUGGUAUGGCGCUGAGGGACCUCACACGAUCUCAGUUCAUUGAGGAGGGCGAACCGACCAACCUUCCCGACUAUGUGGUGAACUCGGCGAUCUCAUUUGAUGCAGUAGAGCAGCUGCUUCGCUGUUGCGAGAUCAUUACCUUGGACAUGGUGGAAGGGAACGUCACCCAUGCCAUGGUGAAGCCAGAGGAGCAGGAAGGUGAUGCCUCUGCAAGAACUCACGAUGGCGCUGCUACUGCUGCCAAAGUUCACAAGGCUCACCAGCCUGCCCUCAUGGCUGACAAACCAAUCAUUCCAAGUGGAGGAGACGAAGGGCCGAGCCAGGAGACCAGUGGUGGGGCCUCUGACGAUGGCGAAGAGGACGAUGCACACUUGUCCGUACCUAGCAGUGGUGCUGAACGACCGCCACCGCCUCCGUUUAUACCUAAGACGAGGAAGGCCGCAGCCACGGAAGACCGUCUGUCAGGUCAAGCCAAAGCGCUCCAGGGAAGGUCAAUCACCGAUGCUCUUCAGAGUAAUAUCCCCGGCAGGAUCACUCGCAGUCAGCGUCAAGCGAUGGAUGAGUCGCCCGCCAAGAAUACCCGCAGUCAGCAUCCACUAGGAGCUGUGAAAGAUUUGAAGAAGCUUCCUGAUCCAAAGCGGAAACGUCAACCAGCACGUCCCGAGCCCGAUGGCGAAGACAGCUCUGGCGAAGACAAUCCGCCACCUCGGAAGCGUGGACAUGGUACUCGGGACGAGUUGGUAGUGGCCUCGCCGAGGAAGAAGAAUGCGAGGGCCGAGGACUCGGAUGAUGGUGACAAGCCUCCCGCAAAGCGAAGAUAA